AUGGGGCACGCUCUACAUCAAUUUAAGGCUCUGUUCUGGAAAAAUUGGCUCUGCCGUGUGAGGCAACCGGUCCUCUCUCUCACUGAAAUACUGUGGCCAUGUGUACUUUUCUUGAUUCUAGCUGCCAUCCGCUUCCAGGAGCCCCCAAAAUACAAGGAAAACUGUUACUUAGAAGCUCGUGAUUUACCGAGUCGGGGCCUUUAUCCCUUCCUGCGGAGCCUCUUCUGUAACGCUGGCUCGAGGUGCAGGAAUGCCAGUUACACAGCACAGAGACACGGCCGCUCUGGACUGGAAAAAUAUAAGCAAUGUUACUCUGUGCUAAAAGUUUCCUUCAGUGUUCUUAUGAUUGCAAAAGGUUUUGGGAGUGUAAGUGAACCCAGAAAAGUGAACAAUCUGGACUUCAUGGAAGAGAUAGAAGAACUUGCGAAGGAAUUUAUUGAUACUACAGAGAAAGCCAUGGCCUUAGAAAAGCUAUGGGAAGAAAACUCAAGGCUCUCAGUAAAAGUAUUGGGAAGCACAGAAAAUCAAAUGGACCACUAUCUUUGGAUGGAUUUGAAUGAAGCAGAGAAAAUUAUUUCUAGAGCAGAAAAUCUGUACAAGCAACCAUAUUUCUGGAACUUUCUGCAUUCACUCCCUCAUCUUGAACUGAACAGCUUUUAUACAGAAGAUGAGUUAGCUACCAUAACACAGUUUCUAAAAGUUGUUCAAAAUACCUUAGCAUCACUGAAGGAUUUAGCUAUGAUGCCACUGGGCAAAAGUUUCUAUGAAGUGAUGAAAAUGGCACUGAAUUUGACUGCUGCAUCAGUACAGGAUAGGAGCUUCGAAGGUUUUCAAUACAAUCUUUCUUUUGGGGAUGUUUUGUGGAAUCCGCUUGCUGUGAAAGCAGAACUUCAAUCCCGGUUUGGUUUUGAUGGCCCUCAUGUUGAGAAGCUGCUAAGUUAUACAGCACAAUUAACAGAGAUUCCCACAGGAGAGACACUGGAGCAGUUUGUGUGCUCUGCUCUGGCUAUUGUCCCAGAAGAUGAAGCAAACAAGGAGAAUAAUGGAGAGGGCUGUAAUUCUGCCCAGCAUGAGGCCAAACUGUAUCUUGUUCAUGCUGUCAGCAAGUUCAAACUCUAUGCACAGGUACUUGAGCAAUGGCUUGACAGCAGCAAUCUCUCUCAAAAUUUCCUUUUGGAACUUAGAAGAAUUGUGGCUGGUUUAAUGUCUCAAUUUUUAGAUGACAGGGAAGACAGGAAACUUUUUUCAGAGAUAAAUACCCUGAUCCAGCAAUGGAAUGAGAAAUCAGAUGCCUAUUUUUCAGAAGGAUAUGUUCCAUCUCAUUGGAUUUUGAAGUCUUUCAAAGAGUUUUUGAAGACAGAAGAAAACUUAAGGAUUUCUGGUGAAAACAAAAUGGAUCAUCUUUUUCACCUUGUAGAAGUCAUAGAAAAAAUUAUAACGUUUGAUUUCUCAGUUUCUUCAAACAAGUCUCUAAUUGAAAAUGCCUUGAAUAAUGCAAUUAUAUGGAUAAAAAAUUUUGCUGAGGGGGAGGAAUCUGCCACCAAUUUCUUACUUGCAGUUUCUGAACUCCAUAAUGACCUACAAAAAAAUUUCCAGCCUCUUCAGAGCAUCUGGACAAAAAAGAAGGCAGAACUUUUCUGGCGUAUAGUGGAAAUUGCAUUCCAUGAGCUAGAUUCUAAGCUUUCUCUCUUGAGUCAAGUAGAGCAGGAAGAGGUAAUUGAGACCUUAUCUAGAAUUUUAUCUUCCAUUACAGAAAAUAAAAUCUAUAACAGAAGUAUGGUGUUGCUCAAAAAGAUCCUGACUGAUUGGCCAGAGUUAAAUAUUACUGCUUUGGACCGUUUAAAACAUUUUAGUGAACACUUCCAAAGAAAUCUCUAUGAAGUUGGAUCAUUGUCUGGUGAUCAUGUCAAUGUCUCAUUUAGCACAAUACCUGGAGUGAGUAAUACCUCUUCUUUAUUGCUCUCCAAUGCAACUUUUAUGUAUAAGGUACAAGAAUUAGGAGAAAUUGUGCAUGAUUUCCUCAAAAAUAUUCAAAAAUUAAACAGUACUAUUGUGGCCUCACUUGUUCCAAAAAUUUUCUCUCUGUACCAGAAUGAUGAUCUGGUUUUAAAUAUUAAGAGCAAUAACACUGUGUUAAAACUUCUUUAUGAGGCUUCAAAAAGUAUGUCAUCUUCUCAAGUAUGGCAUGAUUUGCAAAAUAAGGAACUAGUUUUUGAUUUUCUGUUUGAAACUUUUGAUCUUCUCUGGAAUCUCACCAGUAAGUCUCUCUGUGAAAAAUUACUAUUAAUUUACAACUAUACAGAGUUUCAAGCACAGUUUCUUGCACAGAAUGGAAAAAAAGAUAUACAAAUUGUUUAUGACAUUCUGAGCAGCCUUAAAACUUUAUUUAUAGAUGAAGAGCUCCAAACAGCUGUCUUAUGUUAUUUGGAAGAGUUUCUUGAUCUCCCUCCAGAAUGCCUCGUAAAUAAUGGGUGCACUGAUUUCUAUCUAGCAAACACGAGUUCAGUAGAGUAUUCAGUAGAGGUUUAUGACUUACUUCUACUUCCAUUGGACAGUGUCCUGUCUGAUGUAACAAACUGGGGAGAUGAGGUAAGUGUGCCUUCUGCUUUGCACUGCACUUUUACAUGGCUUCAGGCAUGGACAGAGAUUUUUGAAGAAGCAUCGGAAAUCUUAAAUUUGAAUUCAACCUUUUUUGUCUGCCUAAGAGAUGAUUUGGCAUAUCUCUCUGAAAACCUUUUAAAUGUAACUCAAGAUGAACUGUGCAAUAAUACAGCUAUGGCUAUUGUUGAAGCUACAGGAGCAGCAAUGAAGCUUUUGAGAGCUGUUUUUCAGGAACAUGGCAAUUUAAAUGACUUGAAAGAUUUUGAGGCUUUACUUGUUAAUUUUCAAAGUGUAAUUAACAAUGCAUUUGAAGUCACAAACUUGCUUAAAGAUAGCAGUUUAGAAAGUGUUUUAGAGAUAAUAGGAGAUGUGAUAACUAAAAUGCAGAAAUCUAUACUGAAAAUUGUUAAUGAAGAGUUUUUGAAUUCUCAGCUUGAUGCUUUCAUCUCAGGAGCAUCUGAGGGAGAAGAUAAGGGUCCUGGUGUAUUUUCCAUUGAAAAUUCCCUUUCUACUAUUCUUAAGCUCUCCCAAGAGGAACUUGAAAUUAUUCUCACUGAGAUAAAUGCCACAUCUGCUUCUUUAAAAGGUGUACCUCGAGACAAAUAUAUGGUUUGUAUCAGCAUUUUCCAGAAUAUUACCAAACUAAUUUUGGUGGAACUCUUGUCAGAAAUCCAAAGUCUUCUGAAAAAUAAAACUUUUGACUUCCAAGAAAACAGCUCCUCUCAUUUGGACAAUGAGAAUGAACCUUUCUUGCAUGGGAAAAAUAUCAGUUUGCUGAUGGAAUUCUUUCAAUAUAUGAUUGGAAAACUUGACUCAAACUUGCAGAAUGAACAUAAAACAUUUCCUCAGAAACUGAUAGAAACAGCAGGUCUGAAUAUUGAACUGGUAAGGAUGGCACUUGAACUUUUCAAGUCUCCUACUUAUGUUGACUUUCCAUUAAGAGAUGAAAAUGAGCUUCUAAAUCAUAUGAUUGCCUUGGUGCAAAUCGUGAGAAACAUGGAUGUUGAGUUUUUGAUAAGUAGAUUCAAACAGGUCCAGGAGAACCUAGAAAGUUUCUUUAAAAAUAUCAAACCUUUUAACCUUGAGAACUCUGGGUUAGGUACCUUAACAGACUGGUGGGAUGCAUUUGAGAACAUAUCAUGUUACUGGAACCUGACUGGUGUACGCCAAAUAACACAACUUUUUGAACACGAUGAGCUCUACAAUACAGAAGAUGUGUUCAACCUCCUUUUUGAUGUCAUCAGCCUUACAGAAAGAUUGGCUCAUGGAAAUGUUACAGAAGCACUAGCUGAAAUAUAUGCUUUCAUACUGACUCAGGAAGAAAAAAUGCCAAUGUUUACUGAUGAGGAGUUCUCUAACCAAGUAGAAGAUCUUCUAACGUUGCUGGAGAUGUUGGCAGACAUCUCUGAUGAACCUGGAGAUGCUUUUGUUUGUUUUUCUGCAGCAUUCUGCUGGACUCUCACAACAGCAACACCUCAGAGUGAUGCCACUGUUAAACCUUGUGAUUUGGUGCACACCAAUUCUACUCUUCAUUACAACGCAGUCAUUGAAGUCAUUAAGGAGCUUAAACUCAUCACUUUGGAUGACAGUUUCGCUUGUUCUAUGGAGGACAUUCAGAUGGAUAUAAUUCGUAAUCUGACUUGCUUUUUUCAUCAGAUUAAAGAAUGGAACUCUAUAAUUUUGAAGUUUUCUGAGCUCCAUCAUAUAAAUAGCUCAGUUCUUGAAGAGCUGCUUGAUUUUUGGAAUGAGCUAUCCCUUUAUGCUGUGCCACUGCAGGUGAAUAAUACACAUGCAAUCAAUUGUUCGUCCACACCAAAGAGCCAAAUGGCUUUACAAAUCAUCGAAACUCUGGGCAGCAUUUCAGUGUCAGAAAUGGAGAUGGCCAAAAGACUUCUUGAACAGCUGGAUAAUCUUUAUGGUGGCCUAAGCUGGAACAGAGAGUCAAGAACAUCACUUAAGAGUGUUCUUACUAAUGUUAAGAAUAUGACCAGUGAAGUUUCCGGACUUCUGAAUGCUGAAGCUGUUCUUUCUUUUCUUUCUGUAAUUCAGCCUUUAAUGACGCUCUCAUCUGUUGGAAACCAGACACACGCAAUGCUUAUGAAAAUCUCAGCUUUAAGUGGGAACAUCAAUAUAACUGAUAACUUUGAGAACUUCUUGUUUCCUGUAGUUACAAGCAUAGAAAAUUUAUUCGUGAAUUUUAGUGUUAGACACUUACUUGUGGUGAUAGAUCAAGAGUUUCAAUUACUAAAGUUGGCCACUGGACAGUCCUCUUCAAUGGCUCCUGAUGUUUUACUAGAGCAGUUUAAGACAUCAUCUGUAGAUGCCAUAUCAAGAAAUUUUGAAGAUCUACAAGACAUUGUGAAUAUUAUAUGCAAGUGUAAUGAUAAAAAUGAUUCUAAAAUAAUGCAUGCUCUAAUUCUCCUUAUGACUAAUGAAAAUCCAUCAAAUGACCUACUGCUGGCUGUCAAAAAUAUUAUUGCCUUUCUGGAGCUAUUCCAAAAUAAGUCUAAGAAGGACUAUACUGAAGAACCCAUUGUCUUUAGCAACAUUUUCUGUGCCAUUACUAAGUGUAAAGAGGGAUUAAUGAGUCACUUGCUCUUCGCUGUCUUUGAAGGGAUUGCUGUGGUUCAAGAUCAUUAUCAGGAUGUUGGAAGAUACUUGACCACUUUCAACAAGGGAGAUUGUGAGAGUAUGGCAUAUAUAAACCAAAAACUUUCCAAUGCUUUGGAGAGCUUUGUGGGAGCCUUGCAGAAUACCAGCAGUGACAGCUGUGAAUGCCAGCUGAUGUUGGGGAAUGUCCAGAGACGACUGCAAAUGGUGACUGAAUAUUUGGAGCUACAAUUGUCGGAAAACCCAGCGGCAGCUUUCCUCAACAAUUUUAAUCCUGUGAAUGAUAUGAAAGUCAAAGAUUUUGUGCAGAAUAUUACUCAGUUGAGGCUGGACAUUGGUUCUUCUGUCAAUAUUUCUGAAGAAACUGUCAAUACUCUUUUGGAAGCCAGUGUCUCUCAUUCAGAGGUUCUUUACAGUGCCUUUGUGGUAGCUUUAACUGGAAGAUGUGAUGAAGAAGUACUUAGCCUGCUGCUAAAGCUCCCUGAAAACAAUAGAACUUCCCUGGAAGUGGAAGAAUUAUGCUCUUUACCAGCACUGGACUUGUAUACCAUGUUUGUAUUGACUAUACAAAAUUUGAAUGUCCGUCACAUCAUUUACAAGGUCCAGAUACCACCUGAGGUAGGCAAUGUAUUAAAUCUGCUGCUGGAUGUGGUUUCUAGUAUCAGUUCACUUCUCAAUAAAGUCCAACAUGUCAUGGAAAAGCUUCCAGUGUUCCUCCAAGGAAUUCAAAAUAUUGGUGUGCUUGACAUCUCUACAUUGCAGCAGUUUUUGCAGGGUGGGCAGUUCAGAAGUUCAGCUGUCGGAUCCCUGGGUUCUGUAAUCAAGGCAGUAUGUAAAGAAGAAUCUUCAUUUUUCAACAAUGCAAACCUGUUCAUAGACAUGCCCAGAAUCAUGGGACUUUUAGAAGAAAAUAUGGCAAAAUAUGGAAUUCCUGAAGACUCAACUCCUUUUUGCUUGAAGCUUUAUCAAGAGAUUUUGCAGGCUCCUAAUGGGGCUUUGCUAUGGACUUUCCUGAAACCUUUACUACAUGGGAAGAUACUGUACAAUUCAAACAUCAGCAUGAUUGACCUGGUGAUGGAGAAGGCUAAUUUCACUUUUGGUUUUGUGGAAAACUUGAAGAGUUAUUCUGAGACAUGGCUUAGAAUGUCUGAGGUUUUCAAAACCAGUGGAAAUGUCCUCACAGUCUCACGACUGCAGGAAGCACUGCAAAACAAUUUUGUAAAGCAUUUCAUCGAAAGUAAUUUGGAUAUCAACAUGGAAAAACUCCUCAAAAAAAUGAAAGCGUAUGAAACUAUGACGAACAAGAUGCUUAACAGCUCAGCAAGUAAACAGAUUGACCUGUUGACACAGCUUGUUGUAAAUAUCUCUUCCUGUGUGUUACUGGACCGUUUCCAACCUUUUGACUCUAUAGAGAAAUUGGAGAAGAGGGCUCAUGAGCUCAUGCAGGAAAAUAAUCUUUUAGCUAGUAUCAUCUUCAGUACACCAGAGGACAAGAAACAAGAUUCUAGCAAUCUCCUUCCAAGGCACAUUUCAUAUACAAUUAGAACCAGUGUUCUCUACAGCAUGAGAACAGAUCUGAUUAAAAAUCCAACAUGGAAAUCCCAUCCCCACAAGUUGCCAGCUGAUGGGUUUAAAUACAACCAUGUCUUUAUUCCUCUUCAAGAUAUGAUUGAAAGGGCAAUUAUUUCAGCACAGACUGGGACAGACACCUCAGAGACAGCAAUUCAGGUGCAGGCCAUGCCUUACCCUUGCCAUACCAGUGAUCUAUUCUUGAACAACAUAGGUUUUUUUUUCCCACUUAUGAUGAUGUUAACAUGGAUGGUUUCAGUUGCUGGUAUGGUUCGCAAGCUGGUUUAUGAAAGAGAAAUUCAUCUUGAAGAGUAUAUGAAGACAAUGGGUGUGUAUCCAGCCAUUCACUUCUUUGCUUGGUUUUUGGAGAACGUCAUUGUGCUCACAGUAAGCAGCUGUGCUCUGGCCAUCAUUUUAAAAGCAAGUGGUAUCUUUGCUUAUAGCAAUGGCUUCCUUAUCUUCCUUUUUCUCCUGCUAUUUGGAGUUACAGUCAUCAUGUUAAGCUACUUUUUGGGAGCAUUUUUCAGCAGUGCCGAUACAGCAGCUCUGUGUGCCAGCCUUGUCUACAUGAUCAGCUUUUUACCCUACAUAGUUUUGUUGGUCUUGCAGAACCAGCUGAGUUUCACCAACCAGAUUAUAAUGUGUCUUCUUUCUACAACUGCCUUUGGGCAAGGAAUAUUUUUCAUUACAUAUUUUGAGGGCCAAGAAAUAGGAAUUCAAUGGGAUAAUGUGCACCAGUCAAUGGCACAAGGAGGAUACAUGACCUUUGGAUGGAUGUGCUGGAUGAUGUUCUUUGACUCCAUUUUAUAUUUUGUUGGCGGCUGGUAUUUCAGCAAUAUUAUUCCUGGAAAAUUUGGAUUGAAGAACCGGUGGUACUUUCCCUUUACUGUUUCCUACUGGAAGAACCUGUGUGGUACAGAGAGAAGCAAGAGACAUUAUCUGAAUUCUAAUAUGUUUUUCUUCAAUGAAAACUUCCAAGAAAAAGACCCAGCAUCUCAGGGCUGGAAAGUCCCUUGCACUGAAGGAACCACCACCAUUGGUGUUGUGCUGCUGUCCCUCACCAAGGAGCACGUGAAUGGUCAGAAGGCCGCUGUUAAAGAUCUCAACCUCACUUUCCAUAAGGGCCAGAUAACAGCACUCCUGGGACCUAAUGGAGCUGGAAAGACAACAGUUAUAUCCCUCUUGACUGGUCUCUAUCCACCGAGCUCUGGCACCAUUAUUGUUGAUGGGAAGGACAUACGGACGGAGCUGGCUGCCAUCAGGACAGAGCUGGGUGUUUGUCCCCAGUACGACGUCCUGUUCAACACGCUGACAGUGAGAGAGCAUCUCCUGCUUUAUGGGUCAGUGAAGGCACCCGGGUGGACAAAAGAACAGUUGGAUGAGCAAGUCAGUGGAGCUCUGGAAGAUGUGGAUUUAUCCCAGCAUCAGUACAAACCUGUUGGGGCCCUUUCUGGGGGAAUGAAAAGGAGAUUGUCGAUUGCCAUCUCCUUUAUUGGAAACUCAAAGACAGUUGUUCUAGAUGAGCCCACCAGUGGAGUAGAUCCGUGUUCUCGCCGUAGUAUCUGGGAUGUUCUUCUGAAGUACAAAGCCGGUUGCACUCUGAUCUUUACCACUCACCAUCUUGAUGAGGCUGAGGUGCUCAGUGAUCGCAUUGCCAUCCUGCAACGAGGCCAGCUGAGGUGCUGUGGCUCUCCCUCUUAUCUGAGGGAGACUUAUGGCCAGGGACACAGUCUAACACUCAUAAAAAAGCCCUCUGUGUUUGAAAUCCAGGACCCUAAGCAUAUUGUUCAGGUCACUUCUCUGGUACAGACCCACAUUCCAGAAGCCUUCUUGAAAGAUAACAGUGGAACUGAGCUGACCUAUGUGAUCCCAGAAAGGGCAGAUAAGACCUCUUUUAAAGGUCUUUUCCAAGCUUUAGAUCAAAGCCUUCAGCAUCUACAUGUGACUGGCUAUGGCAUUUCUGACACAACUUUGGAAGAGGUUUUUCUGAAGCUGCUGCAGGACUCAGAGAAGAUGCCCUAUGUUCCACAGGCACACGGUGCCUUGGAAACCCAAUCUAAAAAUCAGAAUCACAGAAUCACUUAGCACUUACUUGGGUAUAUUUCACUUGCGGGAGCCUCGAGCGUGCGUGGAGCCCGCCUUGUUCUCACACAGAUUGUUGCCCUUGUGAUUAAGAGGUUUCACCACACAAGGCGAGACUGGAGAGGAAGUCUGUCAAAUGUGCUGCUGCCCGUCCUCUUUGUUGCACUGGCAAUGGCCUUGUUUAGUGUGAAGCCGCUGGCUAUUGAUUAUCCUUCUCUCCAGCUGACACCAAGACUUUAUGACAAUGCAGAAUCCUUCUUUAGCACUGAAGAUGAUAACCUAGGAAAACUUUCUCAGGUUCUACUGGGAUAUUUCUCUGAUUGGGACCACAGAUGCAUGCAUUCACAACAUGGAAAAAAUAAUUCAUGCUGGCAGACAGAAUCUAUGUCACCUCAGGAUUCAUGCAGAUGUGUGUCUGAACAAGAGAUGUGCCCAACUUUCAAUACCCCUGCUCCCUAUGUGAAGAAUAAGAAAGGACAUAUUUUGUAUAAUCUUUCAGGGUUCCCUGUGGAAGAGUAUUUAGUGAGGUCUUCCAACAAAACAAGAUAUGGUGGUUGGUCUUUUGGAGGGAUGAAAACAUUUGAACUUCAAGAUAAAAAAUUGAAUAACACCAAAUCUCAGCCUCUGGCUAAGGUGUGGUAUAACCAAAAAGGUUUCCAUUCACUGCCAUCCUACUUAAAUGAACUCAAUAACUUCAUUCUGUGGCUGAAUUUACCUUCUAAUGUGGAUUGGAGACAGUAUGGGAUAACACUCUACAGCCAACCAUAUGGAGGAGCCUUGUUGGAUGAGGACAAAAUAAUGGAGAAUGUUCGUCAGUGUGGGGUAGCACUGUGUAUCAUGCUGGGUUUCUCCAUCCUUACUGCAUCCAUUGGAACUGCCAUAGUGAAGGACAGAGUAUCUGGGACAAAACGCUUGCAACACAUUACAGGCCUGGGUUACAAAACUUACUGGCUUGCGAACUUCUGCUGUGAUAUGCUGUUUUACAUGAUUCCAGUCACCCUGUGUGUUGGUGUUAUUAGUGCCUUCCAGCUAUCAGCCUUCACUUUCCGAAAGAACUUGGCAGCCACUGUUCUCCUGCUGAUACUCUUUGGAUAUGCAACUUUACCUUGGAUGUAUCUUGCAUCCAGAUCCUUCUCAACUUCAGAUGUAGCUUUUAUUUCCUACAUCUCCUUAAAUUUUGUGUUUGGCCUGUGUACCAUGCUGGUGACGCUCUUACCUCGCUUGUUAGCUAUAAUUUCCAAAGUGCAGAGUUUUCAGAACAUCUACAAUAUCCUCAAAUGGGCAUUCAUCAUAUUCCCACAAUUCUGCCUAGGCCAGGGCUUAAUAGAGCUUUCAUACAAUCAGAUCAAGUUUGACCUGACCAGGAACUUUGGAAUAGAUUCUUAUGUGAGCCCCUUUGAGAUGGAUUUCCUGGGCUGGAUUUUUGUGGCAAUGUCCCUCCAGGGAACACUACUACAUCUGUUACGUCUUUUCCUUCAUUGGGAUCUCCUCUGGAAAUCAAGGGGUCAUUGCUCAGUUAACAGCACGGACAGCCCUUCAGAGGAUGUCGAUGUAGAAAUGGAGCGACAGAGACUCUUUGGUGGAAGAACUGGUAAUGAUGUCCUACUUCUGUACAACCUCAGCAAGUGUUAUGGAGGUUUCAGUAAGAAGAACACAGCUGUGGAAAACAUAAGCUUGGGCAUACCAAGGGGAGAGUGUUUUGGACUCCUGGGAACAAAUGGAGCUGGGAAAAGCACAACAUUUAAGAUGCUGACUGGAGACAUCAUCCCAUCUGCAGGACGUGCUGUUAUCAGGACUCCUACUGGGUCUGAAAUGGACAUACUCUCUGCUAGCUCUGAAGGUAUUCUUAUUGGAUAUUGUCCACAACAAGAUGCCCUGGAUGAACUUUUAACAGGUUGGGAGCAUCUUUAUUAUUACUGCACACUGCGUGGAAUUCCAAAGCAAGAUAUCCAUAAGGUUGCAGAGGACCUUGUUAACAGGUUACACCUCAACGCCCAUGCUGACAAACUGGUGAGAACGUACAGUGCUGGCACAAAGAGGAAGCUCUCUACUGCUGUGGCUUUAGUUGGUAAACCCCAAAUACUUUUACUGGAUGAGCCCAGCUCUGGGAUGGAUCCCUGCUCUAAACGAUACCUUUGGAAAGCUAUCCUGAAGGAAGUUCAGGAUGGCUGUGCAGCUGUGCUGACAUCCCACAGUAUGGAAGAAUGUGAAGCUCUCUGCACAAGGCUUGCUAUUAUGGUCAAUGGAGCUUUCAAGUGUCUUGGCUCUCCCCAGCACAUUAAAAACAGGUUUGGAGAGGGUUAUUCUGUCAAGGUUUGGCUUAGCAAAGAAAUAAAUUGUGCAAGAAUGAUUUUGGACUGUCUACAAAUGCAUUUUCCUGGAACACAGUUUAAGGGACAACAUCUUAAUCUGCUUGAGUACCAUGUACCAAGAAGUCAGGGAUGCUUAGCAGAGCUCUUCAGAGUCCUAGAGAAUCACAAAACUUUUCUCGAAAUCAAACACUACUCCAUUAGCCAAACCACAUUAGAGCAGGUAUUCAUUAAUUUUGCGACACAGCAACAAGGAGUCCCGCAUUCUUCACAAGGAUCUCCUGUUGUUUAUCAUGAUCGUCUCCCAGUCUAG